AUGCCGUCUAAGAUGAGUAUUGGCGAGUACCUGCGCACCCGGGUGACGACAUUGGCGCCGCGGGUGGACCCAGCGCCGAAUCCAAUCAAGGUACUAGCAUCAUUGAGUAGGUCGAAUUGGCUGAACUUUGCGGUUGCAUUUUUGGGGUGGACUUGGGAUGCUUUCGAUUUUUUUACCGUCUCGCUCGUCGUCACCGACCUCGCGAAAGAAUUCAACAAGAAGAACUCCGACAUAACAUGGGGAAUAACGCUUGUCCUGAUGCUCCGCUCCGUCGGUGCCAUAACUUUCGGCCUGGCAUCUGACCGAUACGGCCGUAAAUGGCCAUAUAUCAUUAAUAACGUUCUCUUCAUCGUGUUCGAACUCGCCACAGGGUUCGUUAAUACAUAUAGCCAGUUCCUCGGGGUUAGGGCAUGCUUUGGUAUUGCCAUGGGAGGGCUUUACGGAAAUGUUGCAGCCACGGCGUUGGAAGAUUUACCACCUGCUGCACGAGGGAUUGUGAGUGGCAUGCUCCAGCAGGGAUAUGCGUUUGGAUACCUGCUUGCUGUGGUUUUUGCCAGGGCAUUUGUGAAUACGACUAGCCAUGGAUGGAGGCCGCUGUUUUGGUUUGGAGCGUGUCCUCCGGUGUUGUUGAUCAUAUUCCGGUACUUUUUACCAGAAACUGAGGCUUUCCAGAGGAGAAUGGAAUUGAGGAAAGCAGGAGGGGACAUCGGGGUUGAGAAGGUGUUCAUUCAAGAGGGCAAGGUUGCAUUGAGGAAGUACUGGUUGACGCUCAUCUACUUGGUUUUGUUGAUGGCUGGAUUCAAUUUCAUGUCUCAUGGAAGUCAAGACCUUUACCCGACUAUGCUUCAGAAUCAGUUAGGAUUUGGACAUGAUAGAGUUACCGUUACUCAGGUCGUUGCGAAUUUAGGGGCGAUAACGGGUGGUACUAUUGUUGGAUAUUCUUCUCAGAUAUUUGGACGACGAAUAUCGAUCAUCGCAAUGUGUAUUCUAGGUGGUGCAUUGCUCUAUCCUUAUGGUUUCUUACGGUCAAAUGGUAUCAUGGCCGCUGCGUUCUUUGAGCAAUUUGCUGUCCAGGGCGCUUGGGGUGUCAUCCCAAUCCACCUCAUGGAGCUCUCCCCGUCCUCAUUUCGCACAUUCGUAGUGGGAACGUCCUACCAACUUGGCAACCUUGUCUCAUCAGCAUCCUCGACAAUUGAAGCUACGCUCGGUGAGAAGUGGCCGCUCCCGCCUACGAAAGAUGGAACGAAGAGAUAUGAUUAUGGGAAAGUUAUGGUAAUUUUCAUGGGGGCCGUGUUUGCGUAUGUACUGCUUUUGACAUUUAUUGGACCUGAGAGAAAGAAUAGGGAUAUGCUCCAGGAGGAUGGGUUAGAGGAUGUUGUUGGAGAUGGGAAAGGAGACGAUCUAGAAGAAGGUGGGGAGAAAGUUGGAUUCGACGAGAAGGAGGGGAUUCGGCAGAGGACAUGA